AUGACCGAGACACACUCUUCUGCCGAGGUCAUCGCAGCCUCGCUCGCCGCCCUCGACGUCCAAUACGAAAGCAAAUUCAGGGAUUACGAUCUCUCAGCUGUUGCACAUAUUGUCGUCCAGAACAUCAUGAAUUCUAAUCCCGAUAUCUCUAAUGAGUACGACAACGAAGGUUAUUUGGAUAUUAUCGGAAAAAUUCUCUCCGUGACCUUCUUUGGAAACGAAAACCAGCUGGAAUGGCUCGGCACCGAGCGCGUUGGUAGACGCAAGUUUGUUGCAUUCACCAACAUCAAAAAUAAAGAGAAGUGGGUUCAGAAUCAGAGCCCGAGACACGGAAAGCUGAAGGUGGUUGAGGUCAUGUUCAUGCGGACCAACCCUCGGGAAAAACAGAAGAUCUUCUGGAGGCCUGCCAGAAAAAUUGUCUUUCGUCGUGUUCGGAUUAGAGCGCAUAAGUCGGUUGAGAGGGCCCAGGGUCGAGUUGUGACAACACGAGCGGAUGUGAUUUCUCAGAAAUUGGUCCAAAGACUGCGGAAGAGUUCAGCUUCAGCAUGA